AUUACCCGGAAACUAGGCAUUCGCUAUAUCUGGUUAGACUCCAUUUGUAUUGGGAGAAAGAAGCCUCCAUCAGGGCUACUAUUUAUCAAAAUAGCUUUCUCACCAUUGCAGCCACUUCUACUUCCGAUGGCAAUGGCGGCUGCUUUGUGCAUGUGAAAACACCGCUCAAAGAGUGGGUUGACAAGAACGUUGAUUCACACUCCUUUCGAGUGAUAAUAAGACCAAAACCAGCAUACCACUCAAUGAUAUGGAAUGCCGCACUGAAUCAACGCGGUUGGACCAUACAAGAGAUUGCUCUAUCCUCACGCACCGUUCAUUUCACCGAAGGACAGUGGUUCUGGCAGUCUCGCGAGAGGUUCGACUCAGAA